AUGGCAUACAAACUGGCCCAACUUGGGGCUGAUAAGGUCAUUGAGGCGCCCUAUAAGGUCACAGGCGUUCCCCUCCGUAGUUUGGAAGAGGACGCUAGCGCCUGUAUCGUCCCGUUGAUCCGAGUUAUGUGGACCGGGCGUUGGGCAAGGAGCCAUAGGUCCAGGGUACGGUCAGAUGGACAAGGUCAGUACCCCCGAGCACACCAGGAGUUUGGCUGCGUGCCCGCCAAGUUCCCCAACUCCUUAGGGUCUUCACAGUGCAUUCUAGAUCACGCCUGUGAGGGUUCUCCUAGUGGAAACGGGCAUCCUCUCGAUGCCAUCUGCGAUGAUGUCACGCCCACUGGAAGGCUACUUAGGGUACAGAUGCUAGAUGGGAGCCAUUGGUCGGUGCGUCCCUGCCUCGUCAAACCCGCCGAUGACGCCUGCGGGCGUAGCCUUGUUGAAAGCGAUGACAAUGUACCAAACCUAGUAUGCUUGCGUGAUGAACAAGCGAAGGGUGCUCGAGUAUUGGUUGGGGCGGUAGCCUGCCCGAAGUUUGAAGGGUUCAAAGGUUACGGUUCCACAUGCUCUUCUCUGAGCGAUUAUUCUAUGAUCGACGGUCGUGCCUCGGAGAUUGAUGGACAAGCGGGUACUCGAGUAUCUGUUAAUGCCGACCACCCCCCAUAUGGUGUAGAAGGACUUUCUCGUGAGGAUGGUUACGGAGAGGUUGUUGACAAGACAAGUAUUCAAGUAGAAGACAAGGACGGCCAAGGCCCCCAUGAGCCAUUCUUGUCAACUACAACCGAUCAACCUGGGGACGCUCAGGAAGACGGUGAAUUAACUCAAGAUCAACGUGUUGAUAGGGUUACCAAUAAGGAUUACCCCGAGGACGGCAACGAUGAUCAACGCGGGCAACAGAGACUCCAUAACGCCUCUGACAAUAAGCAGGAGAGAAAGGAAGAGUAUGAAGAAGAUAAGGUGAACGAUGAGAAUAAGAGGGAUACUGCAAAUGAUAAGAGGAGAUAUGGAGAGAGUGGAAAGCGAUACAACCCUUAUGAUGGGAGCUCUGGAAGCGGUGGACACUUCCAUCCAGUACGUAGGGUUGUACGAUCCUCUCGGAAGUGUGAUGUCUGUGCCACAAGAGAGUGUCGGACCAAGAUCCACUACAAGGAGUACGACUCGGCCGAGCAGAUGGCUAUGAAGCUUAGGCCAGCAAGAAGGAUAUUUACACUUUCUGGUGGUCUACAGGGUUUAGAAGAACGGUAUCACCUUAAUCUAUCUUGUAAGGAGAAAAUGGCUAUGGUUAUAGGGGAUGUUGAGAUUGAAGGAGAGACUAUUACCGCGCUCUUCGACACAGGAGCCGAAUUAUCGCUAGUCACUAUAUCUACAUUAGAGAGGCUUGGUAUGGAUGGUGCUAUCGAUACUACGGUUACCCCUCCCAUUGUCGUGGCAGAUGGUGGUAAGUUGAGGAUAUAUGGUGCGGUUAUGUUACGUAUUACUACACCUGAUAUUUCUAUUAAGGAUCAGUUUAUAGUCACUGAUGACUGUUUAACUGUCCCGCUGUUACUAGGAUGUCCAACAUUGGCAAAAUUGAAGACAUCUAUUCACGUCACCUCUGAAGGAACUUAUAUCCAGACCAACGUGGGACCUGUGGAUCCUAUUAAAGUUAAAGGGAAGGUGAAGUUCUCCGAUAAGGUUGAUUAUUUCCCUGAAGAAAUAUUUCAAGGGUCUAUAUUAUAA